AUGGAACAACAAACCACCCUUGUCACUUCCACUCCAAGACGUCCUGCUAGUGACAGUUUCGACAACAGUGAUGGUAAUCGUCAACGUAUGAAAAAACGCUUGAGAAUCAACGAUCUUCCACCUCGUAAUGAACAAGUCGAACAACAUCAUCUUCCUACACUCAUUCGUCCUCACCAUCAUCAACACUCUUUCAAUAUGAACAUUCUUAAGCGGGCAGU